AUGAAAAUUUUCAUCGCAUUGUCUCUCUUGUAUUUGACAUUGGCUAACUAAGGAAUAUUGUCAGCUUUUGGUGAUCAAGUACAUCCAUUCUAAUAAGUGAUUGUUGCAUUGUCAGAAGUGGCAUCUAAAGACUUUAAUUUCCAAUAAUUGUUUGUUGCUUUAGAUGAAUUGGCUGAAUCAUUUAAGGCUAGAAAGAAUGAAGAAAAUGCAUUUUACGAACAAGAAUAUUAAUAAUAUUAAGCAGAUGUACAAUACUACUAAAAUUAAAUUACAGACUUUAAGAACAAGAUAGCUUAAUUAGAAGUUGAUGUCAAGGAUUUGAGUGAUGAAAGAGCAAGAUUGUAAUAAUUGUUGACUGAAGCCAAAUAAGAUCUUUAUGAUGCUACUAAAUUGUUUAACGCAAAAGAAGCAUAAAUCAACUCAGAUAAGUCUAUAUUCACUAGAUAGUUCAAUGAAUAUGCAGAUACAAUUGCAGUUUUAGAUUAGGCUAUUGCAUUAUUAAAGGAAGUCAAAGAUGAGACAUCCUUAUUACAAAAAUCAGAGAACAUCAAAGAGAUUUCAUCAAAGAUGCACACUCAUCUCAAAUAGCUCUCCUCCAAGAGAGUCUUUUAUUAACCAUUGGUAAAGGCACUCACUUAAAUUGCAUAAAAUAACUAUGUAGAUUAAGAGAACCUCAACAAAGUUAUCAAUUACAUGAAUUAAUUAAGACAAUCUUUAAUUGAUGGAUAGACUUCUUUAUAAAAUCAAUUUGAUGCUCAAUCCAAAUUGUAAUAGGAUAUUUUAUCAGAAAUCCAAGCAAAAAUAACUGGAAUCAGAGAUGUCCUUAUUCCCUUAUUACAAACAGAAAUCGAAACCAAAGAUGGUGAAAUUAAAGCACUUAAUGCAAUUCUUAAUGACGCAAGAAUUAAUUUAACUGAAGCUGAAGACAACCUCACUUCAACCUAAAAUAGAUGGAUUGAGAGAACUGCUUCACAUAACUCUUUAAUACAAUAAUACGAUAAUGAAUUAUUAGCCAUUAAGGAUGCUGAGAAUGCCUUAAAAAAAGGAGGUAUAUUUAGAUAAUGAAAAACAGAAUUAUUGCCUACAUACACACAUAUAUUUAUUAAAAUAAAUUUCGUUAAAA